UGAUGUGCUACGGGAAAAGAACAAUAAACAAUAAACAAUAAAAGAACAAUAAAUAAACAAUAAACAAUAAAAUUCAGGAACUUACUGAAUUUGUGGAUGCUGAGUUACAUGGAAAAGACAUACUAGGGACCAGAAGCAAAAGAAGAUCUCAGGUAUAGGCUAGAAGGACCAGUCAAAAACCAGACUCUUUCAAUCCCUCAUCUCUGCAAAAUCUUCCUCUUGUGUCUUACAGAUCAGAAGUCUCAUAGCUCUCAGCUUUCCUUCCUAACUGCUGCUCUAAUGUCCUCCUUGCUCUGUGUGCACCACUAAGACUAUAGAGGUUAGGAUAUGGGAAGAAUCACCACACUGACAAUUGCUUAGUUAUACAUGUACGUAAACUAUAAAUACUUUUAAUCUUCUGUUCUUAUAACUGGAUUGCAAUGUGGAUUAAAUUAGUUAAGUUUUUCUAUUUGAACUCUAUAAUACAGCUGCAGCAAAACUGUAAAUAAAAGACUAAUACUUGUUAAUCGCUUAUGAAUGUCAAUCAUUGUCAAAUAUUUUAUAAUAGUUCAACCAUCACAACUGCCAUUUGAUGUUGAUACUAUCAUUAUCUCCAUCUUACAAAUGAGGAAAUUAAUAUUUAGGACAAUUAAAUAACUUGCUUGGGACCACAGUUAGAUACAGGGGGAAAUGAAAGAAUUCAAACCCAGGCAGUCUAGCCCAGAGUCUACAUACUUAACUGUCUACAAGGUCCCCUGGAGAACUUUGACUAAAGCUGUCAAAAUUUUCUGAUAUUCAAACUAAGUCUAACUCAUCAACUCCCAUGAAGAGUCCAUAAAUCUGUCUCAGUCCAUGAUGGUUUGACAAAUUCAUUGGACCCUAUAAACCAGAGUCAGGGACUAGAUUUUACAUAUUCUCCUCUGUGUGAACACAAGAGGGACAGAUGUGUGUUUAAAUGUUUAAGGAUGGGGCAAACACCAGGAAAAACAGUGUUAGUAUCAUUCUGCCACACUACAUCUAGCUACAUUAAGUGCUUUGACUUAAUAAUGGUAACGGUUUUGCCAUCGUGAAAGAAACACCAAACGCUAAAGCUAAACUCAAGUCUAAACUCUGUGCUAGAACAAGAUAUCAGCUGUCAAAAAUAGUCUCCAUAUUUUCAGAAAGUUCUCCAAAAUCUGUCAGGAAGAACAGGAUCAGGUCCACGAAUGAGUUUGCCAUUCAUUUAGGCAGUACCAGAAAAUGUACAGCCACAAAUGGGACUGAUAUGAUGAGUCACAUAACAAUGUUAAAGAGAUUUAAAAAGAAGGAAGCAGUAAUACUGGGAUUGCUACAUAUUAAAAAUUUGAACAAACAUUUAGACAUUGAUUCCUAAAACCCUGACAAUGGUUAUGAGUGGAUAUAUUCAAAUAAGAAAUAUUAUUUCUUAUUUUUACUGUCACAUAUUCAUAGAGUCAGUUAGUUACUAUGGAAUCACAUGUGAUGUCAUAAAUUUGACAUUCUAAAUGCAAACCUAGCCUAGAUUGAGCAACAGAAGCAACAGGAAAUGGAGCUGGGGAGAGGAAAACCUGCAUAACAACACAAAGUUUCAGUAGUUAAAGAAAUGAGUCAAACAUCUCUGAAACAGAAAAAGAAGAAUGAGACUGGAUCGAGGUACUCCAAAGACAGCCUAGAAGCAGACAAAUCUAGAAAGGAUUCUGAGAAAUCAGGAGCUCGUCUAAGCACUCAGAUGAGGCGUGCAGUCAUUCCGAAUCACUCGCUGAGAUGUUGCCCCAUGCGGGGUCACUCGUCGUGUAGACGCUGCCUUUGUGCAGAUGAGGGAAAAGUCCUUCUUGGCCCCUGCCGCACAAUACGUAUUUAUAUUCACAUGUGCCUGUUGUGGGAGCAGGGCCAGCAGAUCACCAUGAUCAGGGGAUCACAAGAAUUAACGCUGCCGAAGACAGACUCUCGAGGUUACCUAGUGCGAAAUCAGUGGUCUCGAACCUCACAGAGCCCAUCCACCAGAGCUCCAUCAGCAGAUGAACCCAGAAGCAAGAACAACAGUCUUAAGCCCCCCAAUAGCUCCACGACCUCCCGGACUUCAUCCACCUCCCCUAGCCAUCAAGAGUCACCGAAGCGGCUGUCAGCGCAGCCCUCGCCACUAACCAUGCCGCUGGACUCACGUCCUUCCACGCCCCCAGAGGUCCAGCUCCCGGCUGCGUCCAGGCACAACACCAAGAUAUAUGAGCAUUCAGACGCCUGGUCUCUCGGCAUCGGGCGGGAAGCCCGAGAGUCUCGGGACACGCGUCGGGACACGCGAGAGUCUCGGGACACGCGUCGGGACACGCGUCGGGACACGCGGGAGUCUCGGGACUCCCGAGAUUCCAGAGAUACACACCAACGGGAAUAUCCGCGCACGCCCCCGACGGAAUGGAAGUCCCAUACCCAGCGCAAGAUGCUCUACCCCUCUCACCUAGACCAGGACUGUUCGUCGAACAUAGCCAGGAAGCGAGAGGAAGAGGAGGACGAGGAAGAGGCCUACUGGGCGUCCAUGAGAACGCUGUAUGAGAAGACACCAGGCUGCUCGCGCCCCCGACCGCCCAAACCCAAGCAUGCCAUCACUAUCGCUGUGUCGUCCCAGGCGCUCUUCAACAUGGUGGACGGCAGGAAAAUCUAUGAGGAAGAGGGUCUGGAAAAGUACAUGGAAUAUCAGCUUUGCAACGAGAAUGUCGUCCUGACCCCAGGGCCUGCAUUCCGCUUUGUCAAGGCGCUGCAGCAUGUCAAUGCUAGACUCCGUGAGCUGUAUCCUGACGAACAGGACUUAUUUGAUAUUGUACUGAUGACUAAUAACCAUGCCCAAGUGGGAGUGCGGCUUAUAAACAGCGUCAAUCACUACGGCUUACUAAUUGACCGCUUCUGUCUCACUGGUGGAAAAAGCCCCGUUGGCUACUUGAAGGCAUAUCUUACCAACUUGUAUCUUUCUGCGGAUUCUGACAAAGUACAAGAAGCAAUACAAGAAGGGAUCGCCUCUGCAACAAUGUUUGAUGGAGCCAAAGAUAUGACUUACUGUGACACACAGCUCCGUGUGGCCUUUGAUGGGGAUGCUUGCCUCUUCUCGGACGAGUCUGACCAUGUUACCAAGGAGCAUGUGUUUCAACAUGAAACACUAUUCGAGAAUAAGCCUCUUGCUCAGGGUCCCUUGAAAGGCUUUCUGGAAGAUUUAGGCAGACUGCAGAAGAAGUUUUAUGCCAAAGACGAACGGUUGCGAUGCCCAAUCAGGACCUACCUGGUUACAGCCAGGAGUGCAGCCAGUUCAGGCGCCCGUGUGCUGAAAACCCUUCGUCGCUGGGGUCUAGAGAUAGACGAAGCUCUUUUCCUUGCUGGAGCUGCCAAAGGUCCCAUCUUGGUGAAGAUAAGGCCCCACAUCUUCUUUGAUGACCACAUGUUCCAAAUUGAAGGGGCACAGAAAGCUGGCACCAUCACAUCUCAUGUACCUUAUGGAAUUAAUCAAAAAGUGAACAAUUAGGGGUGGGGAGGAAAAAUAAAGCAGUGAGUCUGGUAUUAUGGAAGCCACUUCUUGUGGAUCUCUAGGGUAAUUAGGUAUUUCAAUAGAUCAGACCUCAGAGUUUUGUUCAUUUGGAAAGGUUUUCUCUUGAGUUUUUUAAAACAUUUUGAACUCUCAAGUUACCCUCAAGCUACUUCCCUUGGAGCUGUCAGUGCUAUUGACACGAUUGCACCUACCUUUGUGUGUAAGUCAUAAUGAUGACUCUUUAGGGUAAGUUUAGAAUUUGAAUGCUUGAAGGCUUAAAGGGCUGUGUCAGAAGCCUACUUAAUUUUACAAAUCAUUGCUCAUUUUGGAUGUUGGUAGCUAGAACGAAUCAUUACCUGUCAUCAUUACAGAAUAGUGGGUCUUCAUAGGUGGAAAGAGUAAGGUUAGAUACACUCAAAAACUGGAGCUUUUUAGUCUAUUGCCUCUGUGAAUAGUCUUUUAAUCGAUGCCAAAAUGAAAAUAUAACCCCACUUGAAUAAGUUCAUUAAUUUUGAAACUGCUCAUUCAGAAAUAAAACAGCUAAUUAUUCAUACAUGUUAUUUUCAUCCAAGAAGAGCACCUGACAGAACUUGCUGGAAGGGUUCUUUGAAGUUUAUUUGGUGGCUUUAUUGCCUUUGGACUACUUCAUAUUUGAAACUUUGGGCUUGGCAGGUAGGGCUAGUGUUUGUACGGAAGGGAAAAAAACUGGGCUACCACUUCAAAAUAUGAAAUGAAGUGUGGUAUCCUAGCCUUCAUUGUUGUCAUCCUGUUGUGAUUUUUGCCUUGUUUUCAAAAAAAAAAUUAAUUGGUUAAUCUACUACAAUGUUAGGAACAGUGAACUCAUUAUUUUCACAUGUUAUUUUCUCAGUUUCUCAUCAAACCAAACAUUUUCAGUGUGAUAUUACCUUCUUUUUUUAAUCAAUGAAAAAAAAAGAUUCAAAAAGAUUACAUAGCUUGUCCAAGGAUGUGCAGGGAAUAAAUGGUAGGACUAAGAUUCAAAUUCAGAUCUCAUUUCAAAAGGUAUAUGUAGUCUAUUUUCUCUGUGCCUUCCAAAUUGAGUUGUUAUUAAUUCCUUGGCUACUGACACAUCCUGAACAAAUUAGUCAUUCCAUUAAAUUCUAUGCUUAAGCUACAAAACAGUUACACAGCAGAUCUGGUGACGCCUUUUCUCCUCUCUUCCUCACAUGCUCUCUUGCUCCUUCUACCCCCAUCUCUAUCCCUGCCCCACCUGCAUAUACAUAUUCCACCUCUGGUACUAGUUAAAGCAGACCACUGAUGACACACAUCUUUUGAUCUGCUUCCUAAUCUGCUGUAAACCAGUCCAGAAUAUAUCAAUCAAGACACUUAUUGAGCACCUACUGUUUUCUAUGGAUUCCCCCAUAUAAAGACCACAAGAGAGACUCAGAUAUUAUCCCAUCCUUUACGAAAGUGAAAACUUUAACAAUCCCCUUAGAGGAAGUCAAAUGUACAAGCUCAAAUAGCCAACUCCAGAGGGCUGUUUGUUCUCAGUGCCAAGUGAGGGUCACAGAGGAGGCUGAAGCAAAGACCUGUAUGGGCUGGAAGUCAUCAGAAAAUGGAGAGAAUCGAGGUGGGCUUUGCAGGAUAAGAGAGACAUGGAUGGACAGAAAGGAAGAGGAAAUGUGCUUCUGGCUCAGUGAGUUUGAGAAGCAGCUUCAAAUUACACAUAGGGUGGAAUAAAGGCCCAGCCCUCCUGAUUGCUGUUCCUGGUGCCUUAACUAAUCCUCAGUGAGAGUGCUCCUCCCCACCUGUGAGCUCCAUUCUCAGCACCUGUAAGAAACCUGGCAUUUUACCCCUUUUCUUUUUGUAUUGACUUUUUGUUGCAUGUUAUAUCCUUCCCAGAUAUAAAGGAGUGGAGGAGAGUUUAUCAGAGUCAUCAAGGGCAUUUAUUUCAAGCUAUAGAAGUUGUGUGUCUUUUCUCUCGACCAAAGAUUCUAGAGUGAGGGCUGGGGCAGGGGAGGUUUCUGUACAAGCCAGUAAGCGCCCCGAGGGCAGAAACGGUGCCCUAUUUCUUUGGGACUCUCACAGAGCACAAGGCCUGAAAUUUCUGCUUGUACAGGUCCUGCAAUUGAUUCCAAUGCUACACUAAAAUCUAAGAACCACGGAUCCAUUCUCUUUCUGAUUCAUGUUGCUAAGUUCUUAGCGUCACCUGUGGAGGAAAAAAAAAGAGCCUUUCCUCAGACUUCAGUUCGGCGGGAACCACUCCCCAGAGGAUGAAGGUAAACUGAACAGAAGGUUAACAAGUCCCUGGGGUCCUUAACGGAAAACACGCCAAGCCAGCCCUGAAGUGUGGGAUUUGCACGACAGCCUAUAAAGAGAUUUGUAAAUUCAAAAUAUCCGUUAGGCAUUCCCACGGGGAAGGCCACCAUCACUCUGGGAUUUCCACGGGCAUGGACCCAGGAGCCUGAAAACCCGGGU